AUGGCGACAAAAAAAGCGCGUAACACAGCGGGGAGUACCCCAUCGACCGUCAUCCCGCCGGCAAAGUCCUCUCUGAGGAGGUUCUUUGCCGACCAAACGGAGGCACACCAGACAUCCAAAAUGGCGCCUGCGGCCCUCACACGCGGCAGCCAGCCUCCCAGCCCAGCUCCAUCAGAGGGCUCAGAGGACGAAUCCGACAUCAGGGCAUUACUCACACGGCUGCCCUCUAAGAAAGACCUCACAGACAUGUUCCAGAAAUUGGAACACUCCUUUGGAGAGAAAUUGCAAGUAAUCACAAAUGAUGUACAGCACCUAGGCGCCAGAGUACAGAGUCUGGAGGAUGCAGAGGAGACACAUGAUCGCUUAUGGGCAGACUCCCAAGCCAUACAAACCCAGCAUACAGACGCUAUAGCCUACCUCCAAAGAAAAUUGGACGAUAUAGACAACAGGGGAAGGCGGAACAACCUGAGGGUGAGGGGAAUCCCAGAGGGCCCGGAAGACGCCACCGAAAACCCCAUCAAG